AUUUCGUUCACUCCGCUCCUUGCGCUCGAGCUGCUCGGUGGAGGAGGACGAGCUUUGCACUUCGAUUCAAAACAUGCUGUCAGUUCGUGUUGCAGCGGCUCUUGCCCGCACUUUGCCUCGUCGGGCCGCGUUUGUUUCCAAGAAUGUAGCAGCUGCUUGCGUAGGGGCAAAGAACCUGCACACAGCAAGGCCAUGGCUGCAGAAGACUGGCACUGCUGAGGUCUCCAGCAUUCUGGAGGAGAAGAUCAUGGGUGCUGAUACCAGUGCUGAUCUUGAGGAGACCGGACGCGUGCUGUCCAUUGGUGACGGUAUUGCUCGUGUGUAUGGAUUGAGGAAUGUGCAGGCUGAAGAGAUGGUGGAGUUCUCCUCUGGCCUGAAGGGUAUGUCUCUGAACUUGGAGCCCGAUAAUGUUGGUGUUGUGGUUUUUGGUAACGAUAAGUUGAUCAAGGAAGGUGACAUCGUGAAGAGAACCGGCGCCAUUGUGGACGUGCCAGUCGGGGAGGAGCUGCUCGGCCGUGUUGUUGAUGCUUUGGGAAAUGCCAUCGAUGGCAAGGGUCCUUUGGGAUCUAAGCAGCGUCGGCGUGUUGGUCUGAAGGCUCCAGGCAUCAUCCCCCGUAUUUCCGUGAGGGAGCCCAUGCAGACUGGUAUCAAAGCUGUGGACAGUUUGGUGCCCAUCGGCCGUGGCCAGAGAGAGCUGAUCAUUGGAGACCGACAGACUGGUAAAACCGCCAUUGCCAUCGACACAAUCAUCAACCAGAAGCGAUUCAAUGACGGCACAGAUGAGAAGAAGAAGCUGUACUGUAUUUACGUGGCCAUUGGGCAGAAGCGUUCCACUGUGGCUCAGCUGGUUAAGAGGCUAACUGAUGCUGAUGCCAUGAAAUACACUAUUGUGGUGUCUGCCACAGCCUCUGAUGCUGCCCCAUUGCAGUACCUUGCACCUUAUUCAGGCUGCUCCAUGGGCGAGUACUUCAGGGACAACGGCAAGCAUGCACUCAUCAUCUAUGACGAUCUCUCCAAGCAAGCUGUGGCCUACCGUCAGAUGUCCCUGCUGCUGCGUCGUCCCCCUGGACGUGAAGCCUACCCAGGUGAUGUCUUCUACCUGCACUCUCGUCUGCUCGAGAGAGCUGCAAAGAUGAACGACAACUUUGGUGGCGGCUCACUUACUGCCCUGCCUGUGAUUGAGACUCAGGCUGGAGAUGUGUCUGCUUACAUUCCCACCAAUGUCAUCUCCAUCACUGAUGGACAGAUUUUCUUGGAGACGGAGUUGUUCUAUAAGGGUAUCCGACCUGCCAUUAACGUGGGUCUGUCAGUGUCCCGUGUGGGGUCUGCUGCCCAGACCAGGGCUAUGAAGCAGGUGGCUGGUACAAUGAAGCUGGAGUUGGCGCAGUAUCGUGAGGUUGCUGCUUUCGCCCAGUUCGGCUCUGACCUGGAUGCAGCCACCCAGCAGCUGCUCAACAGGGGCGUGCGACUUACAGAGCUACUGAAACAGGGUCAAUAUGCUCCCAUGGCCAUUGAGGAGCAGGUCGCAGUCAUCUACGCUGGUGUGAGGGGCCAUUUGGAUAAGAUGGAACCCAGCAAGAUCACGAAGUUUGAGAGAGCAUUCCUGCAUCACAUUUGCAGUCAGCACCAAGAACUGCUUGGAACCAUUAGGAAUGAUGGAAAGAUCUCUGAAGCAGCAGAUGCCAAGCUAAAGGAAAUCGUGCUUAACUUCUUGGCUAGCUUUGAGUAGUGGUUCUUCUCUUCCACCCCUCCCCCUCCAUUCUGCUCAUGUCUCAAUGUUUGCAUAUAGUGCUCCAGUUGAGUUUAUAUGGACGUCACUGUUUGGGUGGCACUUGAUCAAUGUACAUAAACCUAACAAAAUAAAGUGUUCUACACUA